AUGGGCACUCUCACCUUCCUCCUUUGGCUGCUGCUCUUCCAAGCCGUUAUUCUACCUGGAGCAGUUUGCUACAGGAGGGACACCAGAGGAUCUGGAGGAAGGCUGGGGAAGGGACACCCUAAGGGAAACCCCAUCAAAGGCACGUCUGUGGAGCAGCAAGGUGAGUCCCAGCCAGACAGCCCCCUAGGCCUGCAGGAGGACAGAAUGAGGCUCGUGGAAGGUUCUGGAAGGUGCUCUGGCCGAGUGGAGGUGUACUUCGAAGGCAUGUGGGGCACGGUGUGCGAUGACCUGUGGGAUGAGAAGGCAGCGCAGGUGGUGUGCCAGCAGCUGGGCUGUGGGAUGGCCGUCUCCGCCCCUGGAGGGGCCUACUUCGGCCAGGGCUCUGGCCCCAUUCUUCUGGACGAUGUGCAGUGUUCUGGGACCGAAGCCCACCUGGGGCAGUGCUCCCAUGCCGGCUGGUUUACCCACAACUGUGGGCACGGGGAGGACACUGGUGUCAUCUGCUCCGCCCCCAUUGAGGCACAAUUUGGUGAAGGCAAAGGCGAGUUUCUGCUGGAUGAUGUGGACUGUACCGGAAAAGAGAGUUUUCUGGGACAGUGUCCACAUGCUGGCUGGCAUCUGCAUAACUGUGGCCCUGGAGAAGACGCCAGUGUCAUCUGCACAGGUGAUGGAAAUUCAGCAACUGUAUUAUCAGUUCUACCUGUUGCCCUCUCAACGCAGCUUCCUCCUAUAACUGCUGCAAGUCCAACAUCACCAGCUGUGUCAACCUCCUCCGUCCCAAAAGAUGUGGACCACCCAGCCACGUCAUCAGUUCUACCUGUGGCCGACCCAGCCCCUGCUGAUCGCAGAGCCAAUAUACCAGCGUUAGGUCCCCCAGGCUUUGGAAAGAUCCUGCUGGACAAUGUGCGCUGCGUUGGCACGGAGAGCCGCCUGGCCCUGUGUACCCACAACAGCUGGUUCACGCACGACUGUGGCCAUGAGAAGGACGCCGGGGCCAUCUGCUCUGGUGAGGACUUCUUCCUUCUAAAUAGUUCGUGGGCAGAACAGCAGGGUUUUGAACCUGUGUUUUGCACCAAAAUCACCUACGGGUUUAUUGAAACAGACUGCUGGGCCCACCCCUCAGGGGUUGGAGUCAGUCCUUCUAGGAUGGGCUUUACCAUCGUUGUCCUCACCGCUGCGGUCACCAGCCUCGUCUUCACGUCCAUCUUCGAUGCCGUCGCUGUCCUUGUCACCAUCACCAGCACCUUCACCAGCUCCGUUAUCAUCAAACUCCAGUCUCCAGACUCUCACUACUUGAGCCUUUGUCCUUCCCCAGGAGGCUGGGCACCUGUGCGGCUGGUAGGCACCCCUGAGAGGUGUGCUGGCCGUGUGGAGGUUUUCUAUCAAGGAGUCUGGGGGACAGUGUGUGAUGACCUCUGGGACCUUUCAGAAGCAAACAUCGUCUGCAGGCAGCUCGAGUGUGGCCGGGCCAUUUCAGCCCCAGGCGAGGCCCACUUUGGGGAAGGUUCUGGGAAGAUCCUCCUUGACGAUGUGCACUGCGGAGGACACGAGCGGCACCUUGGGGAAUGUUCCCAUGCCGGCUGGUUCUCCCACAACUGUGGUCACCAGGAAGAUGCCAGCGUGAUCUGUUCAGGUGCUGAACAGUCAACUGUCUCACCACCAGGUCACCAGUUGACUACGCUGGCAGAGACAGUGGCUACAGAAAAUUCUCAGUGUGGUGGCAUUGUUAGUCACUCAUCUGGAAGCAUUAGAAAUCCUCCAAAGUAUGAAAUGCACGACAACAUAACCUGCAUGUGGGAGAUCACGGCAAACACGUCUCACCGUAUAUGGCUGGCAUUUCCGUGUCUCGACCUCGACUGCGCCAAUGAAUAUGUUGAGAUCCUGGACGGUCCCCCAGCUUCAGCAAAGUCCCUGGGGAGGAGCUGCUCUGGCUCCCACCUCACCUACACGUCCUCCUCCAGCUCGGUGACCCUUGUGUACUUCCGAAGCUCCAACAACAUAGGCAAACACUUCACUGCUUAUUAUUAUUCUGCAAACAAAGGGAACUGGCCAGAGCUGCGGCUGGUGGGCGGCUCUGGACGCUGCUCAGGACGCGUGGAGGUCUUCCACCAGGGGGCCUGGGGCACCGUGUGCGAUGACCUGUGGGACCUGAAUGAAGCCGAGGUCGUGUGCCGCCAGCUGGCGUGUGGGCAGGCCAUGUCUGCCCUGGGGAAGGCCCACUUUGGCCCAGGCUCAGGAGACAUCUUCCUGGACAACCUCCAAUGUGCCGGGGUGGAGCGUCACCUGGGCCAGUGUGCCCACUCGGGCUGGCUGGAGCACAACUGCGGCCACCAUGAAGAUGCCAGUGUCAUCUGCUCAGAUGCUGCAGAAUCUCUGUUGAACAGUCCAGGGGAAUGGCCAGGGCUGCGGCUGGUGGGCGGCUCCGGACGGUGCUCAGGACGCGUGGAGAUCCUCCACCAGGGGACCUGGGGCACUGUGUGUGAUGACCUGUGGGACCUGAAUGAAGCCAAGGUCGUGUGCCGUCAGCUGGAGUGUGGACAGGCCAUUUCUGGCCCUGGCGGGGCCUACUUUGGCCCAGGCUCAGGAGACAUCUUCUUGGACAACCUGCAGUGCUCUGGAGUGGAGCGCCACCUGGGCCAGUGCGCCCACUUGGGCUGGUCAGAGCACAACUGUGACCACCACGAGGAUGCCAGUGUCAUCUGCUCAGGAGGAAGUAACUCUUGUGGAGGGGUCAUUUCUAGUCUCUCUGGCUCAUUUUCUAGUCCACGAUAUCCAGAAAACUACCCAACAGACAUCCAAUGUGUUUGGGAAAUUCAUGUGGAUAAAAAAUUCCGCAUAGAGCUCACGAUUCCAAGUUUGAAGCUGGAAGAUAUCCUCGGCUGUCCCUAUGACUCGGUGGAGAUCUUCGAUGGCCCCAGGAUUGCCUCGCUCUCCAUGGGGAAGUUCUGUGCCCCAGCAGCUGUGCUAUUUUUCUCCUCCUCAGACAUCAUGACGGUGGUGUUCCGCAGCGAUUCAAUGAUAACCAACACCGGCUUUCACGCUCUGUUCAAUGCGAUUGCACAGGGUGAAAGGGAGUCAGAAGAUGGACCAGUGCUGCGGCUGGUGGGCGGCUCCGGAAGGUGCUCAGGACGCGUGGAGGUCCUCCACCAGGGGUCCUGGGGCACCGUGUGUGACGACCUGUGGGACCUGAAGGAAGCUGAGGUUGUGUGCAGACAGCUGGAGUGCGGACAGGCCAUUGCUGCUCCUGGAAAGGCCCACUUUGGCCCAGGCUCUGGAGACAUCCUCCUGGACAACAUCCAGUGUUCAGGAAGUGAGAGCCACCUUGGCCAAUGCCCCAGCUCUGGCUGGUCAGACCACAACUGUGGCCAUCAUGAGGAUGCUGGUGUUGUCUGCUCAGCAGAGCUGGCUGCAGAGCAAGAUGACAGGCUGCUGUUGCUCAAGUGCCUAUACCAAAAGGUAACCCUCUUCAUUGAAAUCAUGGCCUAUAAAGCAUCAAAGGGAAGUAACUCUUGCGGGGGAGUCCUUUCGAGCCUCUCAGGCUCCUUCUCCAGUCCUUGGUAUCCUACAAACUACCCCACCGACGUGGAGUGCAUCUGGGUGAUACAUGUGGCUGAGAAGUUCCACAUACAGCUGACCAUCCCAAGCCUUAGACUAGAGGACAUCUAUGGAUGUCCCUAUGACUUUGUGGAAGUGUUUGAUGGACGGCAAGCUGCCUCGCUCUCCAUGGGCAGAUUUUGUGCUGGGGAAGAGCUCACAUUCCUCUCGUCUUCGAAUAUCAUGACCGUAGAGUUCAGAAGUGAUGCCAUGAUCACCAGCACGGGGUUUUAUGCUCUGUACAACACCAUUCCGCAAGAUGAAAGGGAAAGUGAGAUGUCCCUGCGACUGGUGAACGGCAGCCACAGGUGUGAGGGCCGGGUGGAGGUCUUCUACAACGGCACCUGGGGCACGGUGUGCGAUGACAGCUGGGACCUGAACGACGCCAGGGUGGUGUGCCAGCAGCUCGGCUGUGGCGAGGCCCUGUCAGCCCCAGCUCAGAGCUACUUUGACGGGGGCACUGGUCACAUCAUGCUGGAUGACGUGCGGUGCACAGGGAACGAGGCCAAGGUGUGGCAGUGCACACACAACGGGUGGCUCUCCCACAACUGUGGGCACCACGAGGACGCCAGCGCCAUCUGCUCCGGUGAGCACCUUUCCUUCUUCGACUGCGGCAUCUAUGACAACUUCCACUGUGGUGGUUUGCUCACAAAUAACUCAGGCUCCUUCUCCAGUCCUUGGUAUCCUAAAAAAUACCCCACGAAUGUGGUAUGUGCCUGGGACAUACAAGUGGACACCAGGGCGCACAUCAAACUGACAUUUGAAGUGGUCAAAAUGGAAAAUUUCUACGGCUGUCCCUACGACUUCAUCGAAGUCUUCGAUGGCCCACAAAGUGAAUCUUUUUCCCUGGGGAGGUUCUGUUCAGGGACAACCCCAGUAUUUACCUCCUCCUCCAACCGCUUGACCGUGGUGUUCCACAGCGACGCAAUCGUCACCAACAUGGGCUUCUACGCAUCUUAUGAGUCCCUAGUUUACAACGAGAAUGACACGGAUGUGGUCCUGAGGCUGACCGAUGGCAGCCACCCGUGCGAGGGCCGGGUGGAGCUGCACUACAAUGGCAGCUGGGGCACCGUGUGUGACGACAGCUGGGACCUACUUGACGUCCAGGUGGUGUGCAAGCAGCUGGGCUGUGGCGAGGCCCUUGCAGCCCCUGGGCGGGCACAUUUCAAGCGAGGUGUGGGCCCCAUCGCCCUGGAUGAUGUGGAGUGCGUGGGGACAGAAGCCAGGCUGUGGCAGUGCCUGCACAGUGGCUGGUUCACCCACAACUGUGGCCACCAUGAGGACGCUGGUGCCAUCUGCUCAGAUCUGGGCCUACGGCUGGCAAAUGGGUCAAGCAGGUGCGAGGGCCGCGUCGAGGUCUUCCACAGCAACACCUGGGGCACUGUGUGUGAUGACAGCUGGUCCAUCGAGGAUGCCCAUGUGGUUUGCAGACAGCUUGGCUGUGGCCUGGCUUUAUCUGCCCUCCCAGGGGCCAGCUUCAGCCCUGGGUCAGGCCGCAUCCUCCUUGAUGAUGUCCACUGCACAGGAAGUGAGGCCUCCCUGGAACAGUGCCCCCACGGCAGCUGGUUCACCCACAACUGUGGGCACCAUGAAGAUGCUGGCGUCAUCUGCUCAGGUGACACUGCAGGAGGCUCCUCAAGCCCACUAGCUCUUGCUCCUGCAGAUCUGCCAGGGGUGAGGCUGGCCGAUGGGAAGCACCCAUGCGAGGGCCGAGUGGAGAUCUACCACAACGGCACCUGGGGGACCGUGUGCGACGACCUCUGGAGCCUGCCCGCUGCCCAGGUGGUGUGCCAGCAGUUGGGCUGUGGGGCAGCCCUGGCAGCUCCCAGGAGCAGUCUGUUUGGCGACGGUUCCGGCCCCAUCUUCCUAGACGACGUGAGGUGUACAGGCAACGAGACCAACCUGGGACAGUGCCACCACCUUGGACUGUCUGUGCAUAACUGUGGGCACCAUGAGGACGCCGGGGCUGUCUGCUCAGACCUGUCCAUCAUCAGGUUGGUGGGUGGGAGGAGCCGGUGUGAAGGCCGUGUUGAAGUCCACCACAAUGGCACCUGGGGCACCGUGUGUGACGACCUGUGGAGCAUCGACGCCGCCCACGUGGUGUGCUGGCAGCUGGGCUGCGGGGAGGGCAUCAGCGCCCUGGGGAGCGGCUACUUCGGGAAGGGUGUGGGGAGCAUCCUCCUGGAUGACGUGCAGUGCCAGGGCACUGAGACCUCGCUAGGCCGAUGCCAGCAUCUGGGCUUGUCCGUCCACAACUGUGGCCAUCACGAGGACGCCGGCGUCAUCUGCUCAGACCGUGCUCUGCGCCUGGCGGGCGGACGGGGUCGCUGCGAGGGCCGGCUGGAGGUGCGGCACGAGGGCGUGUGGGGCACGGUGUGCGACGACCACUGGAACAUCAGGAACGCCCGCGUCGUGUGCCGCCUUCUGGGCUGCGGCCGAGCGCUGGGCGCCCCGGGCCGCGGCCGAUUCGGCCCUGGCAUCGGGCCCAUUCUGAUGGACGACGUGCGCUGCACGGGCCACGAGGACGCACUGGAGCGCUGUGCCCACGCGGGCUGGGCGCGACACAACUGCAGGCACAGCGAGGACGCAGGCGUGUUCUGCGCAGGUCCAGCGGACUCUGCUGUGCCCAAGGACAAUGCCCAGCUCUUCUGCUUGCCCCACCUCUUCCGAGCUGUCAUAGACCGAGGCUAUCUCCGGAGACUGGGCUACUCCUCCUGGGACAUCCACUUAAAUGAUAAUCUGUGUCGCCCACAAGUCAGUGGGCGCUUCCUGAUCUUCAACAUUCCAUAUGGCCACUGCGGCACUGUCCGGCAGGAACACCUCGGCUCCCUCAGCUACUCCAACUCCAUCAGAGGCCGGAUACGGGGCCACUCGGGCCGAGUGGUUGUACGGCACAAGGUGCCCCAGGUGAAAUUCACCUGCAAGGUGAACAAUCUGCCCACAGUUGAAGUCGUUCAUGGAGCUGAUGACCAGACAGAGGGUGCCGGCUACGAUGUGUCCAUUUCAUUUAUCCAGUCUCCCGGGUCCCAGCCUGUCAUGGUACCAUACUCCGACAGCCAGAGGAAAGAGGUCUUCCUCCAGGCCACCCUCCAUAGCGCCGAUCCCAGCCUGAGGGUCUUCGUGGAUACUUGUGUGGCUUCUCCGGAUCCCCAUGAUUUCACAACCAUCAAGUAUGAUUUGAUCCAGAAGGGGUGCAUCAAAGACAAAAGCUAUGCCAACCUCCAAUCCCACCAGAAGAAUGUGGCCCAGUUCAAAUUCAACGCCUUCGGCUUUCUUGACCGCUACGAUGUGAUCUAUCUGAAGUGUGAGAUUGCUGUGUGUAGAGAAGGGGACUCUUCCUCUCGCUGCUCCCAGAGCUGUGCAGGGCGGAGUAGGAGAGGUACAGGCCUCGCUGAGGCCAAGGAAAAGCAGACUGAGCAUUUCCCAGUGGUCGGGCCACUGGAGAUCCACAGAGCAGCUGCUCAGAGCAAGACCCUGGUGUGA